AUGGAUUGGCAGAUUACCUUCAAAGGUCUCGGUUUCUUCGCAUUACUAUUGCCUAGGCGUAUUAGCUUAAGAUUGGUUGGUACAGGUAUAGUUAUUUGUUCAAGAAGAUUGCUAAGUGUACGUAGAUCAUCAUUAACUCUUAAAGCAGCGGUGUUGGCAGCGGACUCAGGCACUCCAUAUGCAAUUGCAUUAAAUACAAUUUUGCUUCGUUCAGUAGAUUCACGAAAAAUCACUGAAGACGAAUCGAUAGAGGGGACCGGACGUGAUUCCAAAACAUCAAUUCUUGAACGAAGAACACCAAUUUCAGCCCGGAAAGAAGCAUUAUCAGUAACCAGAUCUGCUACUUGGGAAGUGAGUGUCGAAAUGCUACUUUUAAGUUCACUAAACUGCGACGAUUGCGAAGUAGAGAGCGAUUCGAUUGCCUUCAAAAUGUCAGUGGUAGAAGGAGGUUUCUGA